CACCGCAAACUUCGGCAACAGCAUCGGCUUUGCAUACUUCCCGAUGGCGCUAUAAAAGGAUAUGUCGCGCUGAUAACGUAUUCAUUGUACGGACGGUUAGCAAAGUUAACGGUUGUCGUCAAAAGUUAGCCAACUCAACAGUGACUUUCCAGCAAUCGCGUAUUGUAACGGUUUUUCGUUUGAAAAAAUAUCUCAGAAAUCAUUUGUUUGAAAAUAGUGAAGUGACAGUAAUUUUAUUUGGAAACAAAAAAUCGCCGGUAAAUCAUUGAAAAACAGCAUUCGCUCGUAUUACAUUGCUUUCAUUUUUGAACUUUUUCUCCACAUUCUACCUCCAGCCGUUGCAAUCAGCUACCAAGCACUUAAAAGUUGUAACAGUUUAGAAACCUAACACGUUUCUUAACGCCCGCCACUGCAGCGCUUGUCCCGCUUUUAAGCACCGGACGCACCAGAGUCACCCACGCAAGGGUACUCAAAACCCCAUAAGAGCAACGAUCCUGCUGAUUUUCCAUAACUCAAUUUAUACGCUUUUAACACGUCGUAACAAUAAACGCUGAUUGCCGCCGUGCAUCUUUAUUAUUUUUUUUUUGCUCGUCCUUACGUAUUCUCAAUCGCCCUUUCGCCGUGAACAAGAAAAUGAAGGCGACCGUCUUCCUGUCACUCUCUCUGAUUGUGCUCAGCGCUAAGGCUUGGCCAAUGGUGAAGAAAUCUUUCGACCUUUUUGCCAAUGAAGCUUUCAAUAACAUUCAUGUAAUUUCAGAUUGUAUGCAUGUGGCAUCCGAACCCGGCGAAUAUGUAUUUAAAAAGAUUCCACAUUUGGUGGCCAACACAAAGGAAACGACACUGGUUGAAGCUGCUGUAGAAGAGUCUACGUCGGAGGUGUGUGGCCUCUAUGUGAUUGGCGAGCCCGACACGAUUGUUGAAAUAACAAUGAAGCACUACGAUGUCAAUUGUGCGACCGGCGGUCUAAUGGCUUUUGUCGAUGGCUGGGAGUUGAAUGGUGAAUAUUUUCCGGGCAUCAAGGAUCAUCAUCGCGAGCUAGAAGAGCGUGUCAUCGAGUUUUGCAACAAUUAUAAACAAUGGCCACGUGUUGCGAAUAAGAAAUUCUUCCGUUCGAGUCAAAAUGCAGCGCUGCUGCAGUAUCGCAUACCAUUCCGCGGCUCCUUCAUUGCACACAUUCGAUUUCACAAGAUAACACAGCCUUGCAACGUGCUGGCGCAAGACACGACCGCCAUCUUCAAUAUGGCUAAUUUCGGUAAGCAACGCAAUUGCACACUCUCAGCACUCUUCCCGGCCGCUGUCUCAGUGGCCAGUUUGAAAAUUGGCGGCAAGAACAUGCGUGGCGAGAAAGUUAAUUAUGACUGUGGCAUGUAUGAGGAUCGCUUAGAGAUCGGUGGCUCUUCCGGACUGGAUGCGUACGCAAUGGAGAAGUCUUCAGAUGUUUGCGGCUACUCCGAUCAGCAAGGUCCCGAGCAGGCAAUCUUCUGCGGUGUAACCACGGUGCGUUUGAUCUCCACUGGCCGAUAUCAGAACCAUGCAGCCGUAAUGCUACGCAAAGCUGACGAAACCGAUCUGGACAUCGCCACACUUGUUUGUGCGCUAUAAAUUUCAAUAUAAAGGGAAAAAAUCUGAUAAAAAGUAAAGAUUUUGCGGGAAAUAAUUACGACCAGCUUUUUAAGUAAUAGAAUGCGACACUCAAUUAUACAUAUAUAAUAUAUAAUAAGCUUGCCUGUUUCAAUUGGGGUAUUUGUUGAGCUCUGUCUACAGAAAAAGUAAAAAACAAAAAUUUCAAAAAGUAAAAUACAAUAAUAAAAUAAAUUAUAGAAUCAGUCAAAA